AUGAAGCAAUUGUCAAAAGUUACGCUAUCAACGGUAGAAGAGACCUUGUUGGAGCUACCAAUUUCAAGGAUGAUUAAUAUGAUGAACAUUGUAAUGCAAGAUACUUAUCGCCUAUUUUUCUCACAAAACCAGUGGUCCCAUAUUCAAGAUGUCGUAUCAACAAUGAACUUGGAUGGCUAUGAUGGUUUGUGUCAUGAGUCAAGUGCAUUAUUCGACGCCAUUGUUCGUGUAAAUGGUGAUAUCUAUGAUGUCAUUGCCUUUAUUGAUGAGAGAAAACAUCAAAUAUCUAAAACAAGACACCUGCAACAAAGUCAGCCAUAUUUCAUGCUACUCAUUAUAGAGCACAUCGUUCUAAAUUUGCAACGUUGGUCCCAGAAAGCAGAUGAAUCCGAAAUGACU